UCUGCUUAUUCUUGGAAGUUUUACUUAGCUGUGAUAUAUAACUGCUGGCCUCUUCUCGUUUGUCAUGCAGCUCAAGCCGGUGGAAUUUGUAUAUCAAUAUUUGCCUUGUUGAUCUGUACAAUGCUUAUUUCGCAUCCAAGUCAAAUUACCGUAAUUGAAUUUAGAGUUACGAUGAUGUUGACGAUAGCAGUUGGCCUGAUUCUCAUUGUAUUGUUAUCAACGUUCGCUGCUAGUUCACUUACCAGAGCAAGAGAGCUGUGGGCGUUUGACGCCUGCCACACCGAUCAUCUGAGGCGUCUUCUCGUCGAAGCACUAGAAACGCUCGACCACUGCAGAAAAGACGAGAAAAAGGGCUGA